GGCGUAAGCGCAAAAGUGCUCUACUAGAUUCUAGUUCCCUUGUCCGUUACCUGCCUGGUGCCUUGUGUGUUUCUCGUCUCUGGUUUCUGUUCUUUACGUCCUCGUCACCGUCACCAGUGAAAAGCCAUGACGGAGCCAACGGAUCUUCUGGCACUGCUGCAGCGUCCACUGGAGCCCACCUUCCUGCCGAAGGAUGAUGGUAAAACGGUGAUCGAUGUUCCGGAUGAGUUUCUCACCGAUCGCUACCGUCCGAUCGGAGCAGAGCUGCAGUCACGGUUCUCAGGCGAUGCCGAGCAGCGUAUUCCGGUGCGCAAGACGACCUUACCGGAUCUUUCGUUCGCCAAUGGUAUCGAUCGUCGUGGUGCUUUCUCGCUGUUCGUACCGUCGCAUCGUGAUGCGGCCGCUGCGCUGAUCACUCUGUUGCUUGCGCAACCCGACGUCCAAUCGCUGAUGAGCGUUGCGACGUUUUGUCGCGAUCGCCUAAAUGCCGUGCUGUUCCAGUACAGUCUGUCGGUGGCCAUUCAGCAUCGGGAGGAUACGAAGAACGUCAACAUUCCGUCGAUCGUGUCACUCUUCCCGGAUCAGUUCGUUGAUCCAUCCGUCUUCCCAAAGCUGCGUGAGGAGGGUGCAGCGGUGCAGCAGGAGAAUCGGAUGGUGGUCGACAUUCCGCCAGCGUAUACGGCUUCGGAUCGUGAGGAUGAGCAGCGGUUGGCGUACUUCCGGGAGGAUAUCGGUGUCAAUAUGCACCACUGGCACUGGCAUCUGGUGUACCCGGGCGAUGGUCCGGAUGCGGUCGUGCGUAAGGAUCGGCGCGGUGAGCUGUUCUUCUACAUGCACAGCCAGCUGAUCGCUCGGUACAAUGCCGAUCGGUUCUGUAACAAGCUGAAGAAGGUGCGCCAUCUGUCGAACCUGCGCGAACCGGUACCGGAGGCGUACUUCCCGAAGAUGAUCCGUAGUUCGAACAACCGAUCGUACCCGGCUCGUGGAGCGAACUCGGUGCUGCAGGAUAUCGAUCGUAUCGACAAUGGUACGAUCGUAGCGGUGAGCGAUCUGGAGCGGUGGCGCGACCGUAUUCUGGAGGCUAUCGAUCAGGGCUUCAUCAUCGAUGCCGCCGGUAAUCGGAUCAUGCUGGAUGAGGUGCGCGGUAUCGAUGUGCUGGGUGAUGUGAUGGAAGCGUCCUCUCUGACGCCCAAUCGUCAGCUGUACGGCAGUCUGCACAACAUGGGACACAACGUGAUCUCGUACAUCCACGAUCCGGACUACCGGUAUCUGGAGGAUUAUGGUGUGAUGGGCGAUGUGACGACGGCAAUGCGUGAUCCGAUCUUCUACCGCUGGCACGGUCAGAUCGAUGGUAUGUUCCGGAAGCAUAAGGAUCUGCUCACACCAUACACAGCCCCGCAGCUGGCCAAUGAGGGUGUUACGGUGAACUCGGUCGCGGUUCAGCUUACGCGCCCCAACACACCGGCCAACGUGUUGCUAACCUUCUGGCAACGGUCCCAGAUCGAUCUGGCGGCUGGGCUUGACUUUGGACCGCAGGGUAAUGUGUACGCUUCGUUCACUCAUCUGCAACACGCCCCGUUCACGUUCCGUGUUGAGGUUAACAACGAUUCGGGUGUGGCGAAGAAGGGUACGCUACGUAUCUGGAUUGCACCGAAGUCGGACGAACGUGGUACGCCGCUGGCCUUCCGCGAACAGCGCCAGUUCUUCAUCGAGAUGGACAAGGUGACCGUUACGCUGAACCCGGGUAAGAACACGAUCGUACGACGAUCGGAUGAAUCGAGCGUUACGAUUCCGUACGAGCGCACGUUCCGUGCCAUUGGUACCAAGGCACAACCAACCGAUGCCGGUGCGUUGUCCCUGUUCCGUUUCUGCGGCUGCGGAUGGCCACAGCAUAUGCUGGUGCCGAAGGGAUCGCCCGAGGGUACCCAGUUCGAUCUGUUUGCCAUGGUGUCCGACUACACGCUGGAUGAGGUUGUACAGGAGGAAGAUCCGAAUGCACCCUGCAACGAUGCACACUCGUUCUGUGGUCUGCGUGAUAAGAAGUACCCCGAUAGGCGCUCGAUGGGCUAUCCGUUCGAUCGUCGCGCUCCGGAUUCGGUUAGAACGCUCGCCGAUUUGGUCAAUGCCAACGGUAACAUGGCCGCCAAUACGAUUCAGAUCAAGUUCAACAACACUGUCAUCGCGCGCACCUAAAUUUGUACGGAUCCAGAGUUGGCCCCAGGUUGCGAUCGGUUUUCUUUUCUCAGUUUUACCUACUAAUAAAUUCUUCCCGAUCAAC